AUGAAAAUUGCACGUUAUUUACUUGAACAACUUUUUAAUUGUUGCUUUGAAUUUGUUCAGUUUGACAAAGUUAUAUUUAAUCCCCAAAUGAUUCAAUUAUUAUUUGAUGAAAACAAGACAAAUAUACCUUUACAAAUUCAUUCACAAUCUUCCCAUCUAUUUAUCUACAAUGAUUCUGAUUAUUGUUUAUUAGAAUUUAUAUUAAAUCAUCUGAUUUCUAAUGAAUUUACUGUUGAUCUUUGGAAAUUCAACAAAAGAAAGAGAAAUAGAAAGAUUUUAUUUAAAAUUUUAAUAAAUGGGGGAAAUAAAUUUUCUGUAGUUUCUUGUAGACAUAUAAAAGCAAAAUUUUAUAAUAGCAUUAUACGGGUAAAGAAUGAUUUUUCAUGGAUACAUGAUUUAAUUUUAGGAGAUAGAAACAUCAAGAGACAUUUCUAA